GUAGUGAACGGCAGCUCUAGCUGUAGGUUAGAGCACAGAGGUCUGUGUUCAGACCGGUACAAACGUUCCAAACCUGACACCCACAGGGCCGCAGAGAUUUCCGGGGGAGUCUUAGGUCGGUGAAACAAACAUGGGGAACGCCGAGAGCGGCUGCGGUGGAGGCAGCGGCGACGAGGAGGACAUAGAAACGGAGAGCCCGGGCUUCGCGGAAGACAGUCCGGCCUCUGCGGCCACUGGCGUCGGAGGCGGUGGAGGCUCUGGCUCUGGUAGAAGCGGAAGGGGAUCGAAUAACGUGCCCGUGCCCACCGGCGGGCCACCCAGCCCCGGUGUGCUCCUAGAGCAAGUGAAACUAAGAGAAGCGGCGGCUCGCAUAAGCGACUCAGGGAUCGCCAUUCAGGAGUCUGUCCUGGCCGGGAACGAGGGUGUCCUGGUGCGGUGGCUGGAGGACCGGCUGAAUCGAGGAGAGGAGUCCGUCAAUGUGGAACAAUUUUGUGAAAUGCUGGAGAGCAGAGAUGCCCCGAGGGAUGAGUGUGAAGAGGCCUUUGGACAGUUCGAUGCCGAGGGGGAUGGGGUGGUGGAUGUGGAGAGCAUGCUGAUGGCUCUGAAGAAUUCCAAUGGAGCUAAUCUAAAGGGAGAGCUGAGUCAUGUGAUAAGACAGCUACAGGCGUGCUCCCUAACUCCAGGUUUUGUUGACAUAUUCUCCAAGACCAAAGACCGGUUAGGGGCACACGCCUCUAAGAUUCUUAAAUUCUUACACAGGAAUCGAAUUCCCAGCAGUGCCAUCCCUUUUCCUAUUUUAGAGGGCUACAACAGUAUCUGCACCAUGAGGUCCAGUGUGGUCCAGGACUUCUUGGAGUUCCUGUUGCAGAAGGAAAAAGAUUUAGAUAUCCAGUACAGAGCAGAGCUGGACCGGGAUCCGGAGGUGGACAAGGUCAAGGUGGUUACACAGUGCUACAGCUCAAUAGAAGCUUCAUCCAAUGUUGCAGACAUUUACAAGAUGACAAAUGGGGAAACUUCAUCGUUCUGGCAGUCGGAUGGCAGUGCACGUUCACACUGGAUAAGAUUGAAAAUGAAACCAGAUGUGGUUCUGAGACGUCUUGCCAUUGCAGUGGCUUCUAACGACCACAGCUACAUGCCUCAGUUCGUCUCGGUCGCUGCUGGGAGGAACCGGCGUUCCCUGCAGGAGAUCAGGGAUAUCCGCAUCCCCAGCAACGUCACAGGCUACGUAGCUCUCUUGGAGAAUGCCAACAUCACACACCCCUACAUACAAAUCAACAUUAAGCGGUGCCUGAGCGAUGGAUGUGACACACGGAUUCAUGGCUUGAAGACGCUGGGCUAUCAGAUUACUAAGAGUAAAGAGGUGUCUGUUUCCGAUGCUUCAGCCAUCUGGUACCUGUCUCUCCUCACCUCCUUGGUCACAGCAUCCAUGGAGACGAACCCUGCUCUGGCUCAGACUGUCCUUCAGAGCACACAAAAAGCCUUACGGCACAUGCCACCCUUGUCCCUAACGCCGUCAUCCACAGAGUUCCCCAAGUUCUUCUCUUUGAACAUCCUGGAGGAGGUGGAUGGAUUUCUCCUCAGGAUAGCAGACUGCUGUGUGAGUCCGGAUGCAGAACUAACCCUCCUGGCCUUUGCCCUGGCCAGAGGCAGUGUGGCAAAGGUGCUCCAGGCCCUGUCCUGCAUCAGCGAUCAUUUAGAGGCAGAGUACAAGGCCUCGUCCCUCAUCGUGUCGAUGGCCUCCGUCAGGCUGCGACUGCUUAAUCGCAACGGGAGGCCUCUCCAGUUGCACCUGCAGGCCUGUGAUGUGAAGAGUAAAGAGGAGAAAUCAGGACCAGAGAACAUGCUCACAGAAUCCUCCACUGGAGACGGUUUUCUCACAGAAAGUGGCAAGAAGAGAGCCAGUGUGAUCCUGUCCACAGAGGACCAGAGUAGCUUCCAGGUCACCCAGAUGACGAUCAAAGUGAGAAAAGGAGCCAUCGGAGCAAAAUGCGGCUUAGUGUUUGCGUACAAGGACGAAGAUCCUUUCGAUGCAGAGAAACAUUUCAAGAGGUUCAAGAAGUAUGACACUUGGGACUACAAGGACUACAAAGAGUUUGUACAAGACAAUGUAAGGGUCCCAGCACAGUCGGAGGACGAGCCGAUUGGCUGGUUUGAGCUGGAGAAUGACUGGAACGAUGCAGAGAUCAAGCUGCAGCAGUGUCGCGUUGCAAAGUUCAUGAUGGUGAAAUUCCUCUGCACCAGGCAGGACUGGUUCGCUGAGCGCCUCGGAGUGCAGUUCCUCAGCUUCAGUGGCUACCUGUGCCCCGGGGCAGAGAGGCUCGCAGACCUGGACGACCUCAGUCCGGAGGCAGAGAACUUUGACCGUGAUGCUGUGCCGGGCCUCUGUCUACUUAACAAGACACUAUUCUUCAUACAGCAGCUUACACGAGACAUGGAUGCCUCCCACUUCAAGCAGAAAUAUCUGCUGGACUUCAGUGGUCUCAACCUGAACCUCUUCUGGACCUUCUACAAUAAACUCAGGCAGAUUGAGGGAGAGGAGCUGUUGAAGAGCAGAGUGUUGCUGCUCCAGUUGUUGCAGAACUGUUUCCCCAUGCUGCCCAACCCAUUGGAGCCCCGGGGCUCAGAUGAGGGGGCCACUGCAGCGGCUUGUCCGUCCACAUCCAGCAGUGCCGAGCCUGCGUCGGCCUCAGUUAAGGCUGUCUCGGAGCUCUAUACUCACCUCUGCCACAUUGUGGACAGUCCAGAGGGUGAGACAGUAGUUGAAAAAGUUUUGCAUAAAGAAGCAGUCAGAGCCAUUCUUAACGGAGCAGCUGUUUUCUUCCCUGAUAAACAUGUCAGGCGGGACAAACUCUUCCACAUGAUGAACUUUUCACAGAAGAAUAUUACAGAAGAGGAUCAGCCAGAGUCAGUGAAGGUGACGUUUGAGUCACUUUGCAAUUACUUCAGUGACCAGGAUCCAAGUGGCCUUCUCCUGCUCCCACCUAAAGGAGCACCCUCAGACUUUGACAUCAGCCCCAUACUGUCAGUCAUGGAGACACUGCUGCUGGUGGCAACAAGGGAGUGUGAGGUUAUGAUGGUGGAUGGAAAAGGUGGAGCCAGUAGGACAGUAUUGCUGUCCCUGUUCUGGGCUCUACAGGGUAGUCUGAUCUCCUGGUGCUACCUGCAGCUCAAAGGAGGAACUUCCACCAGUGUCGCUAUGGACCUGGCCCGAGACAUCCUGCUGAAAUAUGUGGAUCAGUUCCUGGGAAGUAUCAAAGCUACUCUCGGUUCCCUGCUGGAGAGGCACACAGGUGCUGAAAUAACAGAAAAACUAGGCAGCUCCAUCCUGGCCACAGUCUUCAGACAACUGAUGAUUUUACUUCUGGAGCUGUGUUCAUUGGACAUCCCUCACAGUGUGCUGCUGAAGAGCUUCUCCUCUCUGGUUGAGCUGCUCAAAAGCCUGUCUAGUGAUACUGGAGACAUCUUUUCCAAGGCGGACCAGGAGAGCUGGCACCAGCCCCAGCAGCCGGUGGUGCUGAGGACCUGGAACAUGGAGUCUCCUCACAACUACGAAAACAGCCGCCAUGAGACCACCGUCUAUGCCUGCCCGGGUGCUACCUCGUUUGAGGUGGAGUUUGACGAACGCUGUGAGACAGAGAAGAGAUACGACUACCUAGAAUUCACAGAUUCUAGAGGCGGGAAGGUCCGCUACGAUAUGAAGGUUGGAACUGAGAAGUGGCCAAAGAAGGUGACAUUUGACGCUGGCCCUCAGCUCCAGUUUCUCUUCCACUCUGACAGCAGUAAUAAUGAGUGGGGUUAUAAGUUCACCGUGACAGCUCUGGGCCUCCCGGAUAUCACUAUUUCUUGGAUGUCAGACCUGCAGCUGCUGGUGGCUCGCCUGAUGGGUCGUCUUGCUUCCAGAACCCUCGCCUUGAAAUCCCCCCACGAGAUACGCACUGUUAAGGACCUUCCACAAGGGAAAAUGUCCCAUGUUCAGUCCUCUCCUUUAUGGAAACCCAUUCUGCGACACGGGUUGUGUGAAACAAAAGAGUCAAAUCAGCCUAAAAGAACAUCUGACCAGACAAAUGCGUGGACUCUUGACGAGUUAACGAGCUUCCUGGAGGACUUUGCCCGGUGGAACACUUCUCAGGAGCCGACGGACAGCAGAACAGAGCUGAUGAGGACCCUCAUGCAGUCCUGCAGGAAACAGCCAAUGAGGAACGAGAUUGCCGCCGGGCCAAAGACCGAUCAAGCUGUGAACGCUAUUUGGGCAGCCAUGGUGUACCACACACCAGCCCUCAACAAUGCCCUGAGGACCUACGUCAAUCAGGAGUGCAAGUCGUGUCUAAGUGAAGAAUUCGUGCAGGUGUAUUCUCUGGCAGACAACAUCAGAACAUGGAUGUUGGAGAUGAAGCAGAGAUACCUUGUUGGCAAAAUGAACAUUCCUGGCGAGAAGGAUGGGGUUCAUGAUGAGGUUACCAUGGAUACACUCGCUGAUAUGUGCAUUGAGAAGAGCCUCUUGCUCUUCAGAUUUGCCCCUUGCGGAGUACCCUGUCAGGACAGUGACUCCACAAAAGCUGCAGAGGGCAGCAGCGCUCCGCUCCUCCGCUCAAGUUCGAUCUCUGAAGGGGACUUCCAGCCCAGCUCGUCUCCGGUACCUCAGUCUUCGGGGGCUGAGGAGGGGGGUGAGGCCAAAGCAGGACAGAACCAGCCCCCCGGUGCUCAAGCCCAAAACUCCUCUUCAUGUGUGCAUAGCAGGCCAGGCCACAGAGGCUCCACAGAGAGCCUCUCCUCCCAGUCAGGGGAACCAGCCUCGCCCUCCGCCUUCCCCCGCAAAGCACCAUUCAGUCGGGCACGCUUACGCCUCCUGUCCUGUCGAUCUAUAGAGGAGCCCCGCAUGACUCCCUCUGUCAAGGAUCGCUACCCGAUCCUCAAACACAUCCUGAACUUUAUAAGGGACCAAGCUCUCACAACAGCAAGCAUUCUGCAGACCCUAUCCCUGAGCAAAGCCCAAGCUGCGAGUGUGUGUAAGGUCCUGGAGAUGGUUCAGCAGUGUUUACGUUCCCUGGGAAAGCCACACCUCUUCCAAGCUCCUUGCAUCCUGUUCCUGCAAGAGCUGCUAGCAUGCCAGAAGGACUUCACCAGUUAUUUCUCGCAGUUGUCGGACAGUGGGCAGAAGCUUGGAGAGGAGGUGAGGCGUUGCUACCAUCAGCUGGUGCUCAUGCUGGUGGAAGCAGUACAAGGCUUCAGCAACCUCAAUGAGAAAGCCCUGCUUCCAGCCCUGUCAUGUGUGCAGACCUGCUUGUUGCACCUUCUAGACAUGAACUGGGAGGUACACGACCUUCCGCUCUUCCUGAAUAUCAAGCUUCCUGAACUCCUGCUCAGCAUGGCCCAGGAGAACAUCAGCGUUCAUGACAUUGCCAUCAGUCAAUGGACAGAGGAGGAUGAAAUCGCAGACUACAAGAAGAACCAGGAAUGGAUGGAUGAGUGUAUGGACGGGAUGUUUGAGAAGUGGUACGACAAAAUCGAUGAAGAGGACUCCAUGGAGGACAGGAGAAAGAUGCACAUGUUCAUCGCGCGUUACUGUGACCUGCUCAAUGUUGUGAUCUCCUGUGACGGCUGUGAGAGGAUGGCACCUUGGCACCGCUACAGAUGUCUUCAGUGCAUGGACAUGGACCUCUGCAAGACGUGCUUCCUCAGUGGUGCAAAGCCUGAGGGCCAUGAGGACGACCAUGAGAUGGUGAACAUGGAAUAUGCCUGUGACCACUGCCAGGGGCUCAUUGUGGGCAGCAGGAUCAACUGCAACGUAUGUGAAGACUUUGACCUGUGCUUCGGUUGUUACCAUGCAAAGAAGUAUCCAGACAGCCACCUUCCCACCCAUCGGAUCACAGUGUACCCCAUGGUGACCAUACGAAUAAGCGACCGUCACCGCUUGAUCCAGCCCUACAUCCACAACUACUCCUGGCUGUUGUUUGCUGCUCUGGCCCUCCACACGUCAGAGCUGAGCAGCGAGAAGCAGAUCGAUGGAGAGGCUUUGAGCAGCGACACAUUGAACCAGGCCUCGGCCCUGCAGACGUGCUGCUCCCAGCUCAUCACUGACUGCUUGCUCAAAGGGCAGACGGGCAAAGGUCUGCGCUCCUCGGCCUUGCUCGCUCUUCUGUCGUCCAAUGACUCCGGCUCUGACAGUGAGCUGUGUCCAGUCUCUCCAGAGUCCUCUCAGGAGCUCAGCACAGCCACUGACACCUCCUCCAUCCCCGGCAGCACUGCAGCAAUCUGCUCCCCAUCCUCUCCCAAGGACAAGAGUAAACCAUCAGGUAAGGAGAAAAAGGUAAAGGAAGUGGGCUCUCCUCCCUCCGCUCCUCCAGACGUGUCAUCCCCCCCAAGCACUGGCGAGGGGGAGAAAAGGAAGCUGGUCUCCCAAGACACCCUGGACUCGCCCAGCCUCAGCCAGACGCCUUCUGUGUCCAGUGAGGACCCCCUGUCUCCUGUGGCCCGACCUGUCAACUUUUUAUGUUUGUUACCUUUCUCAGCUUCUGAGUCUGGACCAGGAGCAGUCCAGUCUCCAGAAUCUGACGUCGUCAAGGAGACGGAUGAGCGGCUGCCCCAGGUCCCUCUUCAGGAGCAUGUGUUUUCAGAGUGCUCCAGAGAGAGGAUCCUGGGUCUACUGGCAGCCAUGCUGCCACCAGUCAAACCAGGAAACACCCUGUCUCUGCCCAGUCUGAGCUCUAUCCUGCCCCAGCUUUUCAGGGCAGUCAUUUCCAAUGCUGGCUCUCUCAACGAGACCUUCCACCUCACCCUGGGUCUGCUGGGUCAGCUGCUGCUCCGAAUCCCUCCGAUGGAGGCCGACACUGCCGUCACGGAGGCCCUGGCAGACAAAUUUGAGCUGUUAUCACAAGGAGAUGUAGUCGGUACAGACACCCAGGGCUGGAAGACAACCCAACUGCUUUUCAGCCUGGGGGCUGUCUGUUUAGACAGUCGUAUUGGUCUGGAUUGGGCGUGCACAGUGGCAGACAUCCUACACAGUCUGAAUGCGUGCCCCGAGUGGAACACAGUCAUCGCUGCCUUCACUGACCAUUGUAUUCAGCAGCUACCACAAACCCUCAAACGCACCAACCUCUUCACACUGCUGGUGCUAGUGGGCUUCCCUGAGGUGCUGUGUGUGGGCACCCAGACAGUGUUUAUCGACAACGCCAACGAACAGCACAACAUGAUCUUGCUCAAACACUUCACAGAAAAGAACCAUGCUGCGGUGGUGGAUGUCAAGACACGCAAGAGGAAAACAGUGAAGGAUUACCAACUCAUCCAGUCUCAGGAUUCCACUACAACUGGACUCCCGGGUCAGUCAGAGAGCCAGGGCCCUCCAAAGACCCUGCUCAGCCGCUACCUGAGCAAUUUCACCUCUAUCAUCAGCCACCUGCUGCAGACCUGCCAGGACAAUGGCUCUCCUGAUGCUGUGGAGGCAUCCUGGGUUCUCUCCUUGGCACUCAAAGGCCUCUACAACACACUGAAGAAACACGGAGUAGCGCAAGCUCAGGAGGACAUCCAGCGGUCAGGGCUAACCCAGCUGCUGGUGAGGAAGUGCAGCAAAGGGACAGGCUUCAGCAAGCUGUGGCUGCUGCGAGAUCUCGAGAUUCUCUCCAUCAUGUUGUACUCCUCCAAGAGGGAGAUCCAUUCCAUGGCCCAGGACCCAGAGCGAGACCAAAGAGAGCAGGACAAGGAGCACGACUCUGACCACUCCAGCUGUUGCACUGACGACAUCGACGUCAACAAGGCGGAUCCCUUGGAGGGUCUCGACGAGGAGACAAAGAUUUGCUUCCAGAUCACCCACGAUGCCUUAAACGCCCCUCUGCCCAUCCUGCGAGCAAUGUAUGAGCUGCAGAUGAAGAGAACGGACUCCUUCUUCCUGGAGGUGCAGAAGAGAUUUGAUGGAGAAGAGAUCAAAACAGAUGAGACAAUCCGUACGCUGGCUCAGAAGUGGCAGCCUACCAGGCGACCUCGCUCUGAGGAGAGGAACACCAAGGCCGUGGACACUGAUAUGAUUGUAGUGUCAUGUGUGUCUAAACCCAGUCACUGUGAAAAGGCCACCGAGGAGAUCAACGUGGUGGCCCAGAAGCUCAUCACAAAUUCAGAGAGCGACUUGCAGCUCAGCUACGCCAAACAGAGGCGCACUAAAAGUUCAGCUCUCCUGCACAAGGAGCUGGACGUGCGCAGCAAUCGGGCCGUUCGUCAAUACCUGGUGAAGGUCAACCAGGCCAUCGCCACGUUGUACGCCCGCCACGUGCUGGCUUCGCUGCUGGCCGACUGGCCCGCCGAGGCGGCGCUCAGCGAGGAGGCACUGGAGCUGAACGGUGCCUCGCACAUGGCCUACAUCCUGGACAUGUUAAUGCAGCUGGAGGAGAAGCCGCUCUGGGAGAAGAUUCUCCAGAGGGUGCUGAAGGGCUGCAGCCAGAGUAUGCUGUGCAGUCUGUCUCUCACUGCCUGUCAGUUCAUGGAGGAGCCAGGUAUGGCCGUUCAGGUCAGAGAGUCCAAACACCCGUAUGACAACAACACCAACUUUGAGGACAAGGUGCACAUUCCGGGGGCUAUCUACCUGUCAGUAAAAUUCGACUCGCGCUGCUACACAGAGGAAGGCUGUGAUGAGCUCAUCAUGUCCAGCAGCAGCGAUUUCCUCCAAGACGUCCACAACUUCAGCGGCUCCCCUCAGAGAUGGUCUGAUUUUGAGAUUCCCGGUGAUACCCUCUACUACAGAUUUAUGUCAGACAUGAGCAACACAGACUGGGGCUACAAGUUCACAGUCACAGGAGGCCACAGAGGACGGUUCCAAACAGGGUUCGAGAUACUGAAGCAAAUGUUAGCAGAUGACCAAGUGCUCGGUCACCUGCCCUUGGCUGACAUCUGGGAGUGGCAGGUGGGCGUGGCCUGUCGCCAGACUGGGAACCAGCGACUCAAAGCCAUUCACUUGUUACUCCGCCUGCUUCAGUGUCCGUCUCAGACAGCCUGUGAGCUGACUCUGCUGCGACCUCUGUGGCAGCUCUUUAUGUCCAUGGAAAACAGCCUGAGCCAGGAUCCCACCAGUAUCACUGUGCUGCUGCCUCUUCACAGAGCCCUGACUGAACUGUUCUUCAUCGCAGAGGCCCGCGCCAUUGCACAGGGCAUCCUCCAGGAGUACCUGCUAGCCAUGACAACUGACGAGCAGCUCCUCAACCACACCGCGAUGGCUCUGAAGAACAUCGCCGCCAUCAGCCUGGCCAUCAAUUACCCCAAUAAAUCUACCAAGCUACUCAACAUGUCCCCUUGAGAGAAAGGGAGAAGAACUACAUAAGGAGAGGCGGGAGGAGGAGAAGGGGGGGGGGCAAUACAUCCUGACUCAGCUGGUUCACUUUGAAUGAGGAGCGAGGAGGUGAAGGAGAAACGGGACCCCCCUCCACUCCGGUAACUCUGCAGUACUCUGGACACAAGCUGUGGAGGGCUACUCAAAGAGCACUUUCCACACUAACUCACAAUCCUUUUUGCCUUAGGUGAAUCCAAUAUAUCAGCAUGUGCAUUCACUCGAACAGGAACAAUUGCGGGGGUCGUUUCGUUUUCUGUUUUUUUUUUUUGUUUUUUUUGUUUUUUAAAUAAAGUUUUUACUUGAAGAUGCCGUGCUAAAGGACAUGAAGUGUGCCAAAUUCACGACUUUCAAGGGGAAGUAUAUUCCUUUUUGUCCUGCCUUUCUUCCUCCUAAACAGCAGCCACUCUGGGUUACAUAGUUGAUCACGGUGAAAACAGGUCACCUUGGCGACUUCGCGUGUCUCGGUGGACAUGUAGAGCAUCCUAAAAAUACUGUCCAGGACAGUGGAGUCUCAUUAGUCACCAUGGGGAGAAAGUACUGACCUACUAGCUCAUUCCACUCCCUUCCUCCUUCCUUUUCUCCUCGUUUAAUUGAAUCCACACUUCCCUCCUUUCCUAUUUACUCACUUACCGUUUUCAGACAACAGAAGUACGUGAUAUUUUUUUUACGACUGUUAUUGAAGGGAAGGAUCAGUACGUCAUCGUAGAAAUCCUCAAAAUAUAUCUGAUCUGCAGCUUGACACGAUGACAAGCGCAACACACACUAAGACCCACUUCACAACUUGAUGAUCGUACCGAACAGGAUGAAGACGAUACUCGCAAUAGCCAUAGUCUGCGCAGGAUGAGAAUUAAUACUGCAGCUGAGGGAAAACUGUGAUACUAUACCAUCGCAAUGCAUUCCUCUUUGUCAUCCUAUCAAUAUGUUGAAGUAUUUUCACUCCAUCACUAGUGAAUGAAUGAAAGACCAUUAUGAUGUCAAAUGAUGUUCAUGAAAAUGAAUAACAGCAAAAAAAACCCUAUAAAAAUAAUCAGAGAGAAACAAUGAAUCUCUUAAAGGCCUUCAGUUUUAUCCACAAUUUAUUUAUUUAUUAACUUGCAUUAUUUAAUGUUUAAUUAACUUCAACAAUUCAUGAUUUGCUUUUCAAAGCAGUGAAUCAGAGACGGUGGUGGAUCCCACUAUCACGUCUGCAUACCUUGUGUACCGUAGCGACUGCAGGAAACGCUGAUGUUGUAACAUAAAUAUCCAAAACAGAGCAAAGCUGCUGUUUGCCACUAAUACACAAAUGGACUGUGAGUCCCUCAUAUCACUCAUAGAGAAUGAAUUUACUGUCGUUGUGAUAAACAUGAUAAACAUAAAGGUGACUGUAAAAUAGACACGUUAUCCCACUUAUUCACUAGUACCACAAGGAAUGGAUUCUUUAAUACUGAAUUACCUCAUCUUUUGUAAUUACACAGAUCAUUGAUGUGACACUUUGUUGUUUCAUGUGAUUUUUCAAUCGCAUCACGCUAACCCCUGCAUUUUAUCAAAGGGACAGUUCACUGAAAAAUCAAAAAUACAUUUUUUUUUCCUCCUAUCUGUUGUGCUGUUUAACCGUCUGGAAUGUUUUGGAGGGAGCUGCAGAGUUUUGGAGGCAUCGGCUAAAGACGAACGCCGAAGCUCCAAGAACAUACAUUUGAAAAGCUCAGCGGCGAUGUCUCUUUAGAGAAGCCUUGUUACUUGCAGUUAUGAGCAGCUUUUCAAGAGAACUAUUUUCUUUCUUCGCUGAGCUGUAACAUUAGCUGGCUUAACUACCUUAGUUAACUGGCUUCUAGAGGCAUGCUUCCUUCUGAGUGGGGAGACAAAAAGAAAAUAUUUCCUACACAAAGCUGCUCACAGUAUGGUCUCUGGAUUUCCUCACUUUGAGGACCACAAACAGUGCCAUCGACUUCCAUUGUAUGCAACAGAAGGCCGAUAUCUCCAAAACUCAGCACUUCACACUAAAAUGCUUUUUAUCUAAAUGGAUAAAAAGCGCAAUGGGUAAGAGGAAAAAUAACUGGUUUUUUUAAUGGGGGGGGGGGGGGGGGGGUAAACUGUCCGCUUAAAGCCACAUCCACAGAGUUCAGUCAUGUCAGAAAAGGCGUCAAGUUUUGUGUGUUGACAAAUCUAAACAGUAGAUUGGGUGGGGGAACUGUGUUCAUUUCAGAAGAAGAAGAAUCUUUAGUUGGAGGGAAGUCAUGGUGGUUUAUACCAAAGAAACCAAUCAUUGUGAGCCAUGAAACAUCUCUGAAAGAGCUCCAGGUAGAGUUCCUUCUCUGUUUAUCACAUAUCAGAUAGAUACCCUGUGAGGAGCUGGAGCAGAGGAAACCUUUAGACAUCGUUGUUUUUUUUGUUUUUUUUUUCUUUUUCUGUUUUUACUUUUUUUUUUUAUUUUCAAAGCGGUCCCUGUGAGGACUGCAGACUAGCUCGGUGGUUUUGUUUACACAAACAUCAGCUGCAUUGAGGAGAGAGGAAGAGAUACACGGCCUCAGUUUGGCUUCUACGACGCCUCACAUAUCUACGACGUGCCUAUGGUUAAAAAUGAAGCAAUCAUAAUUUAACUCAUGUUAGCCGAAUAGUUAUUAAUUAUAUUUUAAAAGAGAAAUAUAUUGUUUCAUUUGAAAUUUUUUGUAACUUUUUACGUUUAAUGUUGGUUUCUUUUGCGAGGAUGCUUGACAUUUGAGGCUGACUAAUUUGAAUGUACAUAUAUCUGUGAAUAUUAAUUGCACAGGAGAAAGACUUUGAUAUCAACCCCUUACAAAUAUAAACUUUAUUGGGCACUAACAGAUGGACACUUUGAUUCUGAUUUUGUAUGCAUGGCACAUUGAAGGUAAAAGAAAAUACUGCUUGGGUUGAAAUGUGAUCCAUUUCUAAUAAAAAUAGAAAUGACUUAAAUGCGA